CUUUACCGGGCCAUACUCCGGCUCGGCUUUGACAGCAUUGAUCAGAAGGUUUUCUUUUCUCGAAAUGUGAUAUUCUGUAAACACAUCAUACCUGCUUCAUUCCUUCUUCUGAAAUUAUUCCUGCAACCAAUCCUAUUCCUCCACCAUUUCCUACAUUACCUCCAUUCCACCUGAACUUGUUCCAAGUUCUCCUGUUUCAGAACCUGGCCAAUUUUCACCAGAUUCUUCUUUACCUUUACCUGAUUCGUUCUGCGGCAUACAAUGCAGAAUAUCCAGUGUUUCACGAGAUAACAAAACACAUAAAGAUCGGCUGUUAUGUGGUUCGACAAUUCCUCGAGUCGAAUCUUAUCAGUCUGAGUAAUUUGGAAACAGAAAACCAGAUAACAUACAUGUUCACCAAAAGGAUUCAACAUGUAUUGACUUCAAUUCCUUCUAUCCAUCCUUGAAUACAUCCAUUGUUUCACGAGGGUAUCAAAAAUAUAUUCAAGGAUGAAAUUGCAGUCGUGGAGGAUCAAGUCACUAUUAGCACUAGAAGAGCUCUAUAGGGACAUUGUCGUUCUGAGCAAAAGCAAUGAAGGAACUGGACAAGAAAAAUGAAAACAAAAAUAGUCAAUCUAUCUUUGGGAGGAAAUUACCCUAGCAGCCUUAUAUAAGGAGAGAAAAAAAAAACAGUGAAAAAGGAAACACAGUAAAUCAUCAAUCACUAAUAAAUAAACAUCUAACAGUAAUAAUGAAGCCACUCUUCCCGCCACGCCUCCUCCUCCUCCUCCUCCUUUCCGCCGCGGUGGUGUCCGCCCACGACGCGGCCGGCCCGACGGCGGCCGGACCGGACGGGCUCGACCCGGCCAACCUGUACAAAGCGCUGAACAAGGACAAAGUGUUGGGCCCGCACGAGAAGUUCGGCAACCCGUUCGGCAACCCGGACGACUUCAAGGGAGACAAGCUCCCCAACGACAUCGGGACCCCACUGUUCCAGGCCACCGACCUCCACGAGUUCGUCGGCGGCCCCGCCGCCGCCCCCGUGAUCUCCCCGCCGGUGGACGACUUCCUGGGCAAGUUCGAGCUGUUCACCGACAAUUCGGGAGUGUGCGCGAUGCACGCCAUCGUGCUCCCAAACUGUGACCACGUGCUCAUGUACGACGCCACCAUCUGGCGGAUCUCCAAGAUCCUCCUCCCCAACGGCCAGUGCCGGGUUCUGAACGAGACCACGGGGGAGAAGGAUUGCUAUGCGCAUUCCGUUCUGCUCAACAUCAAGAAUGUUGAGCUCGUCCCCCUCGAGCUCCACACCGACACGUGGUGCUCGUCGGGAGGGCUGACGGUGGACGGAAACCUGAUCAGCACCGGCGGGUUCCAAGGCGGCGCCAACACGGUUCGACACCUCGACAACUGCCCCAAGAGCGUGUGGAGAGAAUACCCCUCAGCCCUCGCCGCCCCACGCUGGUACUCCACCCAGGCCCAGCUCGCCGACGGCCGGAUGAUUGUCAUCGGCGGUCGGGCCGCCCAGAGCUUCGAGUACAUCCCACAACAGGAAGGAACAUCCAACACCAAGCCCUUCUUCUUCGACUUCCUCCAGCAAACCACCGACCCUGACGAGAACAACCUCUACCCUUUCGUCUUCCUGUCACCGGACAAGAACGUCUUCGCCAACAACCGGUCGGUCCUCCUCAACCCUAACACCAACACCGUGGUCAAGGAGUUCCCCGUGCUCCCCGGCGGCCACCGCAACUACCCGGCCAGCGGGAUGGCGGUGCUCCUGCCGCUCGAGGUGAAGACCGAGGAUCCCAACGAGGUCCCUGACGCCGAGGUGCUAGUCUGCGGCGGAUCUGCCCACAUUGAUUCGUACACGCUCGCUUCCAAGAACAUGUUCUACGAGGCGCUUCAGGAUUGCGGCAGGCUGAAGAUCACCAGGCCCAAUCCCAACUGGAGACGGGAGCUCAUGCCUACCUCUAGGGUCAUGGGGGACAUGGUGAUCCUCCCGACGGGCGAAGUCCUCAUCGUGAACGGCGCACAAAGAGGCGCAUCUGGUUGGGGAUUCGCCCGCGACCCGAACCUAACACCGGUCCUCUUCAACUACAAAUCACCGGACAAAACCCACCUCUUCAGAGAGCUAACCCCGACCACCAUCCCGAGGAUGUACCACUCCACCGCCGUCGUCCUUCCCGAGGGCAAAGUCCUGAUCGCCGGCAGCAACACCAACAACGGAUACAUAUACGACGCCAUGUACCCGACCGAGCUCCGCGUCGAGAAAUUCUCCCCUCCCUACUUCUCCCCGUCGCGGGCCGACAAGAAGCCCAAGAUCGUCGACGGUGGGUGCCCCAAGACGAUGACGUACGGCCAGCAGGUCACCAUCAAGAUCGAGCUGAACGAGAAGAAGGUGUUCCUGAAGAACUUCAAGGUGACCAUGUACGUCCCGGCGUUUACGACCCACGGCGUGGCGAUGAACCAGCGGCUGGUGAAGCUGUUGGUGAAGGACGCUGUUAACGUUGGGGAAGGGAGGUACGACGUGACGUGCAUGGCGCCGCCGAGCAGCGCGGUGGCGCCGGAGGGUUACUUCAUGCUCAGCGUCGUUCACCAUAUGCUCCCAACGGAAGCCGUCUGGGUGCAGCUCAAGUGAUGGAUGUUUCUGAUAGUAUAUUCUGGUUAGCGUGUUUUCUGUUCCGAUUUUGUUUUUUUUGUCCCCCCCCCCCCCCCCCCCCCCCCCGAUGUUUAGAAGAAUUGAGAGAAAAAAAGGAGAUUAUAGUAGAUAAUUGCAGACUUAGAGAGAUGAUUUUGGUCCCACAUCUCUAUACUUAAUCGAGAAAGAAAGUUUUUUUCUCUUAUUAUUAUUUAUUACUUAGUGGUCGAGACGAGUUGGGGCGGGUACCUCGAUAUCUAUGCCUUGUUCCAUGCUUCUGUGAGUUGGGGUGGGUAAAACCCGCACGGUUAGUUGGGCGGGGUUGCAGGUUGACUCACUCUUUACAUGUUAUUUGAAACGAAUACACGCUAAUUGUACUUUUUACGAUAAAACGAAUGGGAAAAUACUUCAUGAAUGAAAAAUAGUGAUAAUAGAAUGUGUAAUUAAGUUUAACAAGUUGAAAGAUCAACUCUAACUAGUUGAAGAAAAGUCAAAAUAGAAGAAAUAUGUACACAAUAUAAAAGAGUCAACUUGACAUGAUAUAUAUAAUCGGUGUAGAGAAUAAUCAGGGGAAACAAGAAGAUGGAAUAGGAAGAAAAAAAUACCAAAUUAGUUCUGAAAUUUAACAAAAAUUCUAUUAUGGAGGAGUUUUUUCACGGAUGGAGAUGAUUAUCAGGUGCAGGGAACUAAGUAAAUAAAUCAAUGGAGGAAAUAGAGGUGAUCUAGGCACAAGACUCAAAAGAAAAAAAUAAAGGGAAGAAGAGGGAUCGCAAUUUGGAAGAUUGGCUUUGAGGUUCAAUCUCCAUGAGCAGCUCUAGUUUCCAUCUAACAUCUCCACUCUCCAGCGCCAACGAAUUUGCUCUUUUUGCUGUUGGGUUGAGCGGGUCACCCGCGCACCCGGCGACAACCCACCCGCCACCCGACGGAUGCUUUCAGGCUCAGCGCAACCCGUCACCCACCCACACAACAAAAUUCAGGUCAAAUGCGGGUGGAUCCACCCAAACCCAGCGAUGAUCCGCCCACAUGCCCAGUCCUAGUUAUACAUCGUUUCAAGGAGUUGCUUCAUUGGGAGUAGGAGGUUGUUUUGAUUCAAGGUAUCUCGCAUUAUCGACAAUAAAUUAAGAAAAAAUACAGAUUGCUCACGAGACGACUGAAAACAAAACGAACGACUUCAACCUCUAACACGCACACCCAAGUAGUGAUAUAUACCUUUUUUUAUAAAAGAUAUAUACCUUUUUUUUACUCCCAUAUUUAUGGAGUAGGUAACAAAUAACAAAUGUGCAGACUAUUUGACUAGUCUAACGCACUUUUUACUGUUUGGUUUUCAUAUCAUUUGUAUAACCGAUCCUAUAUGCUACAUCAUUGAACCAUGUAUAUGAUUCUCUGGGAUAUUCUCCAAACAAGCUUGGCUAUGAACUAAAUAUAGGAUGUUAUUUGCA